UUUAUAAGUGGCUUACAGUAUUCUUCGAAGACCUGUAGGAAGCAUGGUGUGAUGUUGUUCACUAUUAUAACUAACAGUUACAAAACAUUCGAAGAGCUAUGACCCCAAAAAAUUCAUUUAAUUUACCUGGAAGAGAUUGUCGGGAAGUAUGCCUACUGUACUUAUCUUUGGAUUCGGCGCCGUAGUUAUGCCGGAACAAAUGUCACUUCAAAUGUCUCCUGUGUAUGUGGGGCGGCAUGGCUUUUGUUGUAGUUAGAACUUCCCUGGCCUGACUUGUCGUGUGAGCGUAGUUUGUUGGGACGAAUUUGAAGUGGACGCGUCAGUACUUGCUGUGAGUGAUAUCAGUCAAAGGUCAAGUGCAUGAAGAAACGUAAGUGUCUCGGAGCUUGUGAGCUGUGUGACAGUCGUAUACAUUGUUGUUGCUAAAAUUAUUACAGCAUGGUUCAAAUAGAUCAGCAGAUAGCUAGUCUGCGAGCGAGGUUCCUACAGAAGCUAGAGAGCGAAGGAGCACCUGAUCCAGAUGGAUUCCAUGCUGCAGAUAUUUCUCGUGUGAAGAAUUCAGAUGAUUGGCUCAGGCGAUUCAUUGUACACAAUGAUAAUAAUGAAAAUGCUGCUUUUGACAUGUUGUGGGACACUUGUGACUGGAGAAAGAAGUAUGGGACUAAUGAUAUUGCUGACACUGUUAAAAGAGACUACCUGGAAUGUGGGUUUGUAUACACUCAUGGAACAGAUGUUGAUGGAAGAUCGCUUCUAAUCUUCAACUGCAAGAAACAUGUUAAGGGCCAGGGAGACAAUGAAGAAUUAAAAAAAUGUGUUGUCUAUUGGAUGGAAAGGCUCCAGAGGCUUGAUAAAGGAAAACCUAUAAGUGUGUUUUUCGAUAUGACCGAGACGGGUUUAUCGAACUUGGAUAUGGAUCUUGUAAAGUACAUUAUCAUGCUCUUUAAAUCUUACUACCCAGAAUUCCUCAAUUACAUCAUUGUAUUUGAAAUGCCAUGGAUUUUAAAUGCUGCUUUUAAGAUAAUCAAAUCUUGGCUGCCGGCAAAAGCAGUUCAAAGUAUGAAAACAGUAAACAAAGCAUCAUUGAAGGAUGUGGUUCCACAAGAAUGUACCCUGAAAGCUUGGGGUGGCAUAGAUGAUUAUGAAUUUGUCUUUGUACCUGAACAAAGGUCUCAACCACAUGAGAAGACAGAUGAAAAUAAAAAGAAGGUGCAUUUUGCUGAUGGUUCCCCCACAAAUGAAACAUUUUUAAGUGUUGGGGAUACACAGCAGAGGGCAGACACUGCAAUAAGUUCUGCCCUUGUCAUAUCACCAGCAGAUACCAUAAAUUUUGCUUUUGAUGGAACAGAAUUGACAGGAAGUAUAACUUUAAUGAAUACUGAUGAAGGAAUUAUAUCAUAUAAGGUAAAAACUACAUCACCUGAAAAGUUCAGAGUACGACCAAGUACUGGUACUUUGAUGCCUUCUGCUUCUGUGUCCAUCAGUAUCACAUUACAGCCUGGUUACCAAGCACAAGGAUUGUCAAGAGAGAAAUUCCUUAUUAUGAGUCUGCCGGUUGAGUCUGGUAACAUGAGUCCAACAGAAUUGGCUGAUCUGUGGAGGCAAGCUGCAGGAAAACCAGUGUGUCAACAUAGAUUAAAAUGCCACAUUCCAUCAUCAAGCGACUCCUCUGCUCGGAAUGGCUCUGCACUUACAUCAAAUACAAUGGAUAUUGAUCAGCAAGUAAAACAAUUCUCAUCAAGUGUAUCUCAUCUGAGUGAGAGCCAGUUAAAGCUGUAUGCCGAGGUAAAGUUCCUGAAAAAAUUACAUAUUCUAUUGGUAAUUAUGGUGUUAUUUUUUGGAACACUUAUCACAUACCUUCUAACCCUUGAAAAACAAUAUGGGGGUCAGCACUGUUACAAACAGUAGAGUCUAAAAGUGUAAGGGUGAGUACGUGUGUGUGUGUGUGUGUGUGUGUGUGUGUGUGUGUGUGUGUGU